GAGAGGCAGCCACAGAGGGAGAGGUGACAGAGUAGAUUAUCCUCGUCUCCUCCUCUCCUCCUCUCUGCCAGCCUCAUCAUGUUCACGCCGCAGAUGUUGACUGUUAUCUCUCUGACUGUUAUUCUCCUGGCAUCUGUGGAAGGUAAAGGGGUGCAGAUGCAAAGGGACGUCCAGUGCUGCAUGUUGUACUCCCAGGGCAAGGUGCGUACCAAAGACGUGUUGCGCUUCGAGGUGCAGACGGAGGGGCCCGACUGCAGUAUACAAGCCAUCAUCCUUUACACAAAGAAGGCGGUGAAGUGUGCAGACCCCACGGACCGGAAGGUGAAGAGGUUGCUAAGAAAGCUCCUGUUGAGACAGAGAACCAAGGACCACAGAACCAUGUGGCUCCUACCUCGUGACAACCUGCCCGUCAUGUCCGAGAACAAGAAAGAUAACUGGGCAGUUCUCAAUGUGGAGUGAUGGAGCGCCAUCGGAUAUGGAGGAAAACUCAUAGUCGCCAAGAACGCCGUCAGCAGCUCGUCACUUUACACGGCACAGCUUGCUGAAUCUCCAGUCGUCUUGUGUGUCUCUCUCUAUCUACACUAUCCGUCUCCCCGGGACCAGACCCGGGCAGCAAUACAUUUAAAUGGCUUUAGAUAUUCAAAGAUGAACUGUGCUUGACAUAUUCUCAAGCACGUGGCUGGAACAGUCUCUGAAGAGGUGUAUUUACUUGUAAGAUAAGUUGAAUUGAUUUUUUUUUUUUUUUAAUGGCUCAUACUGUUAUCUGCCGGAGUCGGCCUGGAAGUGUCUCCCUCUACAACAUUACUUCUUGUGAGUGAUGUGAAAAAGGUGUAAUUAAGCAAACAAUGAAGUUGCAGUGAUCUUUCUUUAUUUCAUAUAAGAUACUCUCUAUGCUUAUUUGUGAAUUGUAUACCUUCAGUAAUGUAUUUAUAACACUGCACACACUGUUAGAUGGGUGAUCCCGAAGCGGGAUCAGAGAGAAGAUUUCUUCCUGUGUCACACAAAGGACAAAGGUUGCUGAUUUCUUUUCUGACAUGUAUCGACUCUUUAAAACCCAUAAAAUCCCGGCCAAUCUUCUAAAAAUCAGGCAUCUAUCAAAGAUUUAAAUGUCUAAGCAUUUGCAGUUUACAUUUGUCUUCUCCACUAAUAGUCCACGACUAAACUAUGCCAAAGUAUCCAUGAUUUAAUUCACUGUAUGGCAAGGCUGUUAAAACUUAGAGGGCUCAAUUGUGUGUGAAGCACACAAGUAUUGUAUCGUAGAAGAACACACUGUAUUAUCUCAAGUGAACUAUUUUAUAAAUUAAUCUGAAAUAAUC